AUGAUGUUCAAGUCCCUCCCUCUCAUGGCCACUCUCGCCACGGCCCUUCCCUACUACCUGAACGCCACCACCAACGGCACCGCUGCUAGCACCAUCAUCCGUCGUGACGGCGGCGGCGGCGGCGGCGUCAACAUCGUCAACAACCUGGAUUCCAACGUCUACGCGUGGUCUGUGUCUGAUAGAGUCAGUCACAUGCAUACCCUCUCUGCGGGCGGCGGCAACUACCAGGAAUCGUGGCAAAGCAACGACAACGGCGGCGGCAUCUCCAUCAAGCUGUCCAUGUCCGAAGACCAGUCCGACGUGCUGCAGUUCGAGUACACCCAGUCCGGCAACACCAUCUUCUGGGACAUGUCCUGCAUCGAUAUGGGCAGCGACUCUAGCUUCACUAAGCACGGUUUCUCCGUCGAGCCUAGCCAGACUGGCGACGACUGCCCCAGCGUUAACUGCGCUGCUGGCGACACUAGCUGCGCCGAGGCUUACCUCCAGCCUAAGGAUGACCAUGCUACCCACGGCUGCCCUAUCGAUACCUCAUUCUCACUGAGCCUGGGUAACUAG